AUGGCUCGGCGCUUCAUCCAGGCCGCCAGCAGCCGCUUCAAGCGCUCCAAAAAGAUUGGUACGUGUACGGAUGACGUAGAUUGGAUGAUCCGGGAGGUUGUCGUUGCCCGCUCGGUGCAGAACGUUAAGAGCCCCGACGCUCUCAUCUCGGUCGCGCAGUUCAUGAGGAUGCCGCUCUCCAUCUGGCUGAGCCUCAUGAACCUGCUCAGCCCGCGCGACUUGCUCAACUGGGCACAUGCGCACCCGUUUUUCAAGGACCUCAUCACCAAGUCGCCGAAACGGUGGGCCAGAGUCAAGGGGCGCGAGGCAAUGAACUACGAGUAUCAUGGACAUCGCGAGGGAUGGGAGGAGGCAAAGGCGUACAAGCUGACGUGGAGCCGCUUCUGGUGGGAGAACGAACAGAAAUACAUUCUGGCCUACGGAGAUGAAUAUUCCUUCGCACGGGACGAUUUCUACUACAAAGGCUGUGACGAACUCCAUUUUGUUCCGCUCCGUCCGGGUGUUGAUCGCGAGAAAGUGGCCGUCGAGGAUUUCCUUAUCCUAUUCAACAACGCGACCUUUGACCAGGUCGCCAUCGGCCCCAAGUGGGAGCUGCCCGACCUCGAGAAGUACAACAUCCGCCCAUCCAUCCGUGCCCAUGCCGUCAUGCUGACGUGCCCAACUGAAGAGCAUUACGCCCAGAUGCUGAAAUUCGAGCCGCAGUGCGUGGCCCUCGACGUUUCCAACAAGCCAAAAGUUGGCGCACUGCGCUCGGCGGUCAAAACUGUGAUGACCAUGCUUCCGGACUUGCCAAAACUGUGGGUGGUCGUUGGCCGCGAGGUCGCUGAGGUGACCCUGCUCUGCGACGUCCCCUCGCCCACCAUCGUCGCCUAUUUCGAUGUGGUCGGAGAUUAUCGACGAAUCCGAGGCGAUGCUCCACUGGUCAAAAAAUUCGAGCGCACCUUGAAGCCGACGUUGAACACCCUGAUUAAGGGAAAGACCGAUCCGUACUGCAUCGACUGGGCUAAUGAAGCGCACGAAUUUUGGCUGAUUCGUCGUGGACCCGCAAGCCACGAGGGCCUGUUGAUCGGUGUGAAGGGUCCGAGUUUCCUGCUCAUCUCCUGCGACUACAACUUCCGCAGAACGCGCACCAAAGAGGCUUCCGGCAAGUUCUUUGAGGCUUCCCAGCAGGCUCAGAAGAACAUCAAGGACGCCUUCGUGGGUGACGAUCCGGAAGUGGAGUCGAACUGGCGCAGCAGACUGCCCAGAAGGAUCAUCACGGAUCGUCUCGCCGCGGUGGAACGCGCUGAGCUCGCGUUCAAGGAAUGGACCAAGAUGGAGCCGCACAACUCGGUGCCGAUCCGCGAACGUGCCAUCGAUCGCUUGCUAUUCAACUCGGUGUACCGCCACUCCUGCGAGACGUCGUUCACGCCGACGUUCGAAUUCGACCCGCCGAAGGACACGCUCCUCGGCCGCUACAUUUGGCGUCGGUCGUUUAUCAUUCAUGAUGACGAAGACGACGCCGAGUUU